GUAGCGUAGGGGCUGUGGGCGCUGUGGUCCGGGCGGAGGGACUGGGAGGUGUCGCCGCCGCUCGGGGGAUCAGCGAGGAGUGGAACUAUGUAGUCUUUGAAAUUUCCUAUUCUUUAUCCUUCUGGGAAUAUGGAGACAGAACGUGGAAGGUCCGGCUUCUGUAAUUGCUUCCCCGUUGAACAUGGGCAUUGGCAGGAGAUCGACUUGGCCCCAUCUGAAGUCCAUAUGGCUCUGUAUGAUGAAGAUCUCCUGAAAAACCCGUUUUACCUGGCUCUUCAAAAGUGGCGCCCAGACUUGUGUGACAAGGUUGCUCAGACCCAUGGCAUUGUCUUAGUUCCCUGCAAAGGAAGUCUCUCAAGCAGUGUUCAGUCUACUUGUCAGUUUGAGUCCUACAUUUUGAUACCAGUGGAAGAACAUUUUCAGACCUUAAAUGGAAAGGAUGUCUUUAUACAAGGAAACAAGAUAAAAUUAGGAGCUGGUUUUGCCUGUCUUCUCUCAGUGCCCAUCCUCUUCGAAGAAACUUUCUACAAUGAGAAAGAAGAGAGUUUCAGCAUCUUGUGCAUAGCCCACCCUUUGGAAAAGAGAGAGAGUUCAGAAGAGCCUUCAGCACCCUCAGAUCCCUUUUCCCUGAAAACUAUCGACGAUGUGAGAGAGUUUUUGGGAAGACACUCCGAGAGAUUUGACAGAAGUAUCGCCUCUUUCCAACGCACUUUCAGGGAAUGUGAAAGGAAGAGCCUCCGUCACCACAUAGACUCUGUGAACUCUCUCUACACCAAAUGCCUCCAGCAGCUCCUGAGGGACUCUCACUUGAAAAUGCUGGCUAAGCAGGAGGCCCAGAUGAACCUGAUGAAACAGGCAGUGGAGAUGUAUGUCCAUCACGACAUCUAUGAUCUGAUCUUCAGAUACGUGGGGACCAUGGAAGCCAGUGAGGAUGCGGCCUUUAACAAAAUCACAAGAAGCCUUCAAGAUAUUCAGCAGAAAGAUAUUGGUGUGAAGCCUGAAUUCAGCUUCAAUAUACCACGUGCCAAGAGGGAACUGGCUCAGUUGAACAAGUGCACAUCCCCACAACAGAAGCUGGUUUGUCUGCGAAAAGUGGUGCAGCUGAUUACACAGUCUCCCAGCCAGAGAGUUAACUUGGAGACCGUGUGUGCUGAUGAUCUGCUGUCAGUCCUGCUAUAUUUGCUUGUGAAGACAGAGAUCCCUAAUUGGAUGGCAAAUUUGAGUUAUAUCAAACACUUCAGAUUUAGCAGUUCGGCGAAGGAUGAAUUAGGAUACUGCCUGACUUCUGUUGAGGCUGCAAUUGAAUAUAUCCGACAAGGAAGCCUCUCUGUGAAGCCACUGGAGUCUGAGGGAUUUGGCGACAGACUGUUCCUUAAGCAGAGAAUGAGUUUGCUCUCUCAGAUGACUUCGACCCCCAUUGACUGCCUGUUUAAGCACAUCGCAGCAGGUAACCAGAAGGAAGUGGAGAGACUUCUGAGUCAAGAAGACCAGGAUAAAGACACUGUCCAGAAGAUGUGUCACCCCCUGUGCUUCUGUGAUGACUGUGAGAAGCUCGUCUCCGGGAGACUAAAUGACCCCUCAGUUGUCACUCCAUUCUCCAGAGAUGACAGGGGUCAUACACCGCUCCAUGUGGCUGCCCUCUGUGGGCAGGCCUCCCUCAUUGACCUCCUGGUCUCCAAAGGCGCUGUGGUGAACGCUAUGGACUAUCAUGGGUCAACUCCACUUCACCUGGCAUGUCAGAAAGGCUUUCAGAAUGUGACGCUGCUGCUACUGCACUACAAAGCAGACCCCGAGGUCCCCGACAACAAUGGCAACACCCCCUUGCACCUGGCCUGCACCUAUGGACACGAAGACUGUGUGAAGGCUUUGGUCUACUACGAUGCCUGCAGACUAGAUAUUGGCAAUGAGAAAGGAGACACCCCCUUGCACAUAGCUGCACGAUGGGGCUACCAAGGUAUCAUAGAGACCUUGCUACAAAACGGAGCAUCCACAGAAGUCCAGAACCGACUGAAAGAAACACCACUCAACUGUGCGUUGAACUCAAAGAUUCUGUCUGUAAUGGAAGCCUGCCACCUGUCAGAAAAGAGGAAGAAGUCUUCCGAGGUCUCUCUGCAGCCCCCUCAGUGCUCAGCAGAUUCCAUCAGUCAGGCUUCCUCCAAUUCCAGCUUCUCCUCCAUGUCGGCCAGCUCCAGACAAGAGGAGCCCAAGAAGGACUACAGAGAGGUAGAAAAGCUUUUAAGAGCUGUUGCCGAUGGAGAUCUAGAAAUGGUGCGCUACCUGCUGGAGUGGACAGAGGAGGACCUGGAUGAAUCGGAGGAUGCUGUCAGCACAGUGGAGUUUUGUCACCCCUUGUGCCAGUGCCCCAAAUGUGCUCCUGCUCAAAAGAAACUGUCAAAGAUUCCCACCAGUGGGCUUGGUGUGAACGUGACCAACCAGGAUGGCUCCACACCACUGCAUGUUGCUGCCCUGCAUGGACGGACAGACCUCAUCCCCCUCCUCCUGCAGCAUGGUGCCAACCCUGGUGCCAGAAACACAAACCGAGCUGUCCCACUCCACCUGGCUUGCCAGAAAGGCCAUUUUCAGGUGGUGAAGCAUCUUUUAGAUUCUCAUGCAAAACCCAGUAAGAAGGACCUGAGUGGAAACACACCCCUCAUUUACGCCUGUUCUCACGGCCACCAUGAGGUCGCUGCGCUGUUGCUACAGCAUGGGGCCUCCAUUAAUGCUUUUAACAACAAGGGCAACACGGCCCUGCAUGAAGCUGUGAUAGCAAAGCACGUCUUUGUGGUGGAGCUGCUUCUGCUUCAUGGAGCGUCAGUUCAGGUCCUGAACAAGAGGCAGCGCACAGCUAUAGACUGUGCUGACCAGAACUCAAAAAUAAUGGAAUUACUUCAGGUGGUACCAAGCUGUGUGGCUACGUUAGAUGAUGCUGAUGCUGAUGCUGAUGCUGAUGCUAAUGCUGAUGCCGACGAAGCAGACCACAGGGAGUAUGUUACUGUUAAGAUCAGGAAAAAAUGGAACUCAAAAAUGUAUGAUCUACCAGAUGAACCUUUUACAAGACAGUUUUACUUUGUCCGCCCAGUCAAUCCAUUUAAGGGAAGGACUUCAAGGGAGGUUAUGGCAAGAGAAAGAAGUGUUCCCAAUUUAACUGAAGAUUCUUUGCAGUCAGAAGUACAGAGAGGUGCCCGAGGAGAACAGGAGCACCUGCCAGACCAGAACAGACCUCAGACUGCUGACCAAGGCGAUGGUGAUCCACCCAAGAGGCCUGAGCUGAAACAAACUGUUCCCCAAAACAGACGAGUGGUCCGCAGGAACACCAUCAAUGAUGCAAUCGUUCCCAAGAGCCCAGAGACUACGGGUAACCUAACCAUCCCCCAAGAGGCUAGUACUGCCCAAUCUUAACAGUAAUAAGGAAUUGUGACACAUGCUGUCAAGAAGUGAACCUUCAGCAACAAGAAACCAAGCAUGAACACAGCUUAGAACUAAAUAUUAUUUUCAAACAACUGAGAACAGCAGAAAGUUCCUGAAAUUUUUCUGUGGCCAAGGGGAAGGAGGCAGCAACAAAAAUAUCACCCUCUCUUUCCUCUAUAAAGUGAAUACACAAGCUUGAAAAGGAAUGGACCAGAAUUCCAGUGGUCCAGAUCCUAAGGCCAGGUCGUACAUUCCUUUUUUUAAGUAUUGGGUUUUGUUGGUUAUAUAGUGAGGUUUCAUCACCAGAUUCUCACCUCUUACUGAAUGGUGCUAAACCUCUGUGAUGGGCAUAAAUGAGCAAAAUGAAGGAAUUCUCCCACCUGGUAGAAGCUGAAGAGAAGUGAUUUAGAUGUCAUGGCACCGUUGAUGCCAGGCAGAAGUGCCACAUUGGAAUGAAGAAAAUAGGGCCUGGAAAAUGUUCCUUUGUAAAGCAACACUUGGACCCAAAGCAGCCUAAAAUGCCGUUUUCAUUUUGGAGGACAUACUAGGUCUGCUCUACACCACGUAUGUAGGACAAGUUGAGGUGAUUUUUCCUCGAACAAAGUAGUUAUGUCACCGCACACGUGUACCCACAGCAGUGUCUCUGACACACCCCAUUUUGUUUAGGAAGCUUCACUGUCGCCACUGAUGGCUGGUCACUAAACUAGAGUUGAUUUGGCAUGUCUUUUCUUCGUCUCUUGACUCCAAAACUUACAGCACAAACCAGGUCACAGUUAACUUUUGAGUUAGAAUGUAUGACCAUUUAUUCCUUUUUAUAAAUUUCUACAGAUUACAGUUAUUUUUUUAUGUUAUUAAUUGGUCUAGAGCUGCAAACAUGGUUUUGUCCUGAGUACAUUUUCCAAUAACUUUGUAAUGGGGGAAAUGGUUUUGCGCAUGUUCUUGGAAAUACUUGUGUAUGUAUAGAAGGGAGGGGCUGAUUAUUUUUCUACAAAGUAAUUUAUGAUUUCUAAUUUUCUAAUGUGCCUUGGAUAUGUGCCAAAUGAUGGGAAAGAAACAGUAAACUUUAUGAUUCUUGA